UAUAGCAAUGUAUACUAUCUGUUUCUGUGAAGAACGUAUAAAUGCGGCUAUAAAUGAAAAUAAAUUCAUUUUGAAAUCAAUUUACAAUGGAGUUGUUGAAGGGCUUAAUUUGCUUACUUCUGGCCAUCCAGUGGACUACGGCCCAUCCAACAUUUUCCGACUCACCAGAGCCAAAUUUCAGUAGACUCUUCGGUUAUAUUGGUGGCAUUGUCAAUGAAGGAAUAAGGCUUCACUACCCUCAGCAGCAAAGUGAAGGUGGGCAAUUUGGCGAAGGACCUUACGGUGGCGGUGAAGGACAAUCGACUGGCCUACCAAUCUUUGGAGCAUCUAAAUAUGAUAUCAUAGAUUUAAAGGCUGGUCCAAAAAGUUAAAAUGGGUCUACUCCUGGUAAGAAGCAGCAAAUGUCAAAUGAUUGUUAAAGCUAAAGCUAUAAAAAAUUACUUUUUUAAUUAAUCAGUAAUUGUUUUGAAUUUCAUAUACAUUUAAACACAUUGUGAGUGAUCCAUCGAUAGUUUUUUGUUGGUUAAUGUGGUUAAGUUUUUAUAUUAAAAGUGUUCUUUGGCGGUUUUUUAAACUAAGCUUA